AUGAACCUGGCAGCAGAUCUUCUGUGUGCGUUGGCGUGCCUCACCGCAGUGACCUGUGACCGGGUCUACGUCCACCCUUUCAAUUUGUUUUCUUUCAACAAGAGUACCUGCGAAGAGCUGGAAAGCCUGGUCCAGGAGGGAAAGAAAACAUUUGUCCCUGUCCCCAUUGACUCCCAAACCACACCUGUCUAUGAAGAUGACCUGAGGGACAAGGACAAGAUGGAAGCCCCGAGCCUGAGCGGCCGAGGCAGGCAGAAGCUGAGCUACCUGAAGGACUUUGUGUACGUCCUGGGCACACGGUUUUACAGCGAGCUGCGGGACAGGCGGCGGGGCCAAAACGUGAUCCUGUCCCCAACCAGUCUUUACGGCUCCUUGGUGUCUUUCUAUCUGGGUGCCUCGAACCAGACGGCAGCCGACCUGCAGCGUUUGCUGGGGUUUGUUCCCCCCUCCGGAGACCCCGACUGCACCUCCAGGGUGGACGGACACAAGGUCCUGUCCAGCCUGAGGACGAUCGAAAGCCUCGUCAAGAGCAAGGAGGAGGAGCUGCUCUUCUCCAAGACGCUCUGCCUGUUCUCUGCCCCCGGCGUGCCUCUGUCCCAACCCUUCGUGCAGGACUUGCUCCCCUCCGCUGAUGCUCUUUACGCCCGAGCUGUUGACUUUACAAACCCAAGUGAGGCAGCAAAGCAAAUAAACGCCUUCGUGGAGGCCAAAAGCAAGGGGCAAAGCAAAUGCUUCCUGACAGACAUCGACCCGGCCGCCGACCUGCUGUUUGUGGUGGACGUCGGCUUGGCAGCGAAGGUUAAGCAAGCCUCCCGGCUCAAAGAGCCUCAGGAGUUCUGGGUGGAUUCACACACGAAGGUCUUGGUCCCGAUGUUGUCAGUCACGGGGACAUUCAAGUACAAAACCGAUGCCAGUGGGACUUUCUCCGUGGUGGAAGUGCCCCUCAGCGAGACCGCGCUGCUGGUGCUGCUGCAGCCCGUCAACGGCAGCGACCUGGAGCACGUGGAGUCCGAGCUGUCCCUGCAGUCCCCGGCCUGGCUUCAGCAGCUGUCCCCAAGGAAAAUCAAAUUAACGCUGCCGGAGUUCACACUACGAGGCAGCUCUGAUCUACAGGAGCUUCUCGCAGACAUGGAACUGCCCGCGCUGCUGGGGAAGGGGGCAGAUCUCAGUAAAAUAAGCGACGCCAAUCUAAGCGUUGGAAAGGUAAUAAAUAACGCCUUCUUCCAACUGAGCGGUGAUGGAACAGAGCAGGCAGAAGGCCCCGCGGCGCAGAAGGGAGAUGUGGCGUUCCUGGAAGCGACGCUGAACAAGCCGUUCCUUUUAGCGGUUUUGGAAGAGAAGUCGAGGGCCAUGCUUUUGCUUGGCAGAGUAACAAACCCCCUGCUCGGGGUUUAA